AGAAAUCAGUGUUGAGACGAACAUUUAAACUCUACUAAAUUUAACCACAGAAUAACACAAUCCAUUGGUCCCGGACGCGGCCGUCAGCUAUGGAAGACAUCUCUGCUUGUUCUGCUUUUCAGGUCUUGGAUGAGGCCAUGACCUUCCGUGUUUAAUAGAGGCCAUGGAUAUCAACCAGAAGAAGGUGGAUUGCUUGCUCUGGGAUGGGGAUGAGGUGCCUCAAGUGGAAGAUUACCUUGGAGCGUUGCAAGCACUUAUAACGACUGACGGGUGAACAAUUUAUAUGGGAUGAUGUCAUCGGGCAAAAUUACCCAGACUACAGUCACAAAGCUGAAAGAUGGCUUUAAGCUGCUUCAUGAUACUUUACAGAGUGCGCACAGUUCUGAGAUCCAGCUUUUGGGAGAGGCAAAGAGGUGUCGGGGUGAGCUGGAGCAGCUCCAGGUUGAGGUACAGAGUCUGGAGGAGCAGGAGGGCCCCUCUGAGGAGCCUGAUGGUGAGGUCAGCAAACUGAGGCAACAGCUCCUGCAGGCGUACAAUGAACGGAAAGCUGCUGAGGAGAGAGAGCACACAACACGACACGAACUGCAGUGUCUCUGGGAAGAGAAGCAGUAUCUGGAGAGAGAAAUUCAAACACAACCCGCUGUGGUGGAAAGCAACACAGACAUGUUGAAGGAGAAACACGAUGUUUUGAAUAAAGAGGUGGCCCAGAGACAACUGGAUGUCAGAACACUGAUGGAGGAUGUGGAAACACUUGAAACGGUGCUAUUAAAAGAACAAAAAGAGUUGGAAGAAAAGAAGGAGAUCAUCAAAAUCAAAGAGGCUGAGAAAGCCCAGCUUGCCUGCAUACCAAACCAGAUAGUAAAGGACACUGAAAGAAAACGCUUUAUACGGGAAGUUGCAAUGAAGAAGAUGGAAUAUCUAAGUAUGGAGCUUUCAGAAACUGUGCAUCAGAUGAGAAGUUUGAAUGAGGGUAAUCAGUCCCUGGAGGUGAUGAAAGAGGAGGCGAUGCAAGAGUUGGAGCGGCUAAGGGCCCAAAUAGAGGCACGCCAGAAGGAAAACAGACUGCUACUGAAGGAGCAGGAGAUCUGCAGGGAGGAGUCGGCUGAAAUUAUGGGCAGCAGAGGUAUUUUAGAAUUGAAGCUGAAGAACCUAAUGACUGACAGAAAACAGCUAUAUGACAGCCGAUCUGUGCAGCUCAGAAAGAAAAAUGGGCAGGUGGAAGACCUCAGAAGGAUGGAGCAUGCAGUAGCCAUGGCCACUGAGCAGCUAGUGUGCACACAAUCUGCCUACAAGGAGAUACAAGCGCAAGUGCUUGAUGCUUUUCCCGAACGAGAGGCCAGUGCUCAGCAAAGGAUGGAGCUGGAGAAAGAGAUAGAUGGUCUCAAAGACAGCUUUGAAAAGCAGGUUUCUAUGGCUGAAGACAAAACCCAGAAGAAGCAGUACGGGAUGAUUCAAGAGCUGUUAAUGGAGUCAAAUCGCCUCAGAGAAGAACUUCACAACCUCAGAUGUCUAAGACAGAUCAAAGCAGAGGAGAAAUGGAAGAAGCACUGGGAAUGGCUCAAGGCACAGCAACAGAGGGAGCGCAUCCAGCAGGAGCUUAGAGAGAAAGAGUUGAUCAUCAUGGACCACAACAAGCUCAACGUGGUGCUUCAGCACAGAAUAUCACAGUAUUCAAACCUGUGUGCUAAGUUUAUGGAAGAGAAGAAUAGGUAUGUGAGGCUGAAGCAGAUUGCCUCGCAGACAAUCUCAGAAUUAUCGGAGCAACUUAACAUCCUUGAAAACGAGAUGGAAAUCCAACGCUCUAUUGCUGACACCAAGGACAGAUUACUAACACAGGCUCAUAUGAAGGUCUCCAAUAGCUCCAAAAUGAGGGAGAGACUGCAUAAUGAGAUUUCCAAGUUAACCUGGAAACGGCAGCAGAUCAGUCAACAGUAUGAGGACAAUAAGCUGGAGCUAAUGAAUCUUACCCAAAUGAUCAAGUUCCAUGAGGGGAUCAUUCUGGGAGUAAAGAGAAGCCAUGAGGAUGCCACACAGAGACGCAAUUUCCUGGGAUUACAACUCCUGGAACAAGACAAGGUUUUAUUAAACUAUUAUGAGCAGAUGAAGAACCUAGAAGCAGCCAUCACUAACAACAAUAUAGCAAUGGAGACCAUGGAGAAGGACAUUAGAGAAUUGCAGAUAGAGAUUAAUGAGGAGAAGAGGCAAAUCGACCUGAGAAGGAGAGAGGUAUUCCUCAAGAGGAAACUGGAGGAGGAGAUCGUCAUGCGGCACAUCGAGUUGUCAGAAUUCAGAGACAAGACGCUAAAAAGUGUGAAUAAAACCCUUGAAUACAGGGAGUUAAAGGGCGAGGACCCGCCAGCUUCAGAACUCGUCAAAAAAAUGGAGCAGCUGGAGGUGAAAUUGGCGAAGCGUGAGAGUCAGCUGCUGGAAAAAGAACUCCUGAUGGAGCAGGUGACACGGCUGUCAAAGCCACUGGGGGAGCAGGCGGAAAGCUGCAGGCUUGACAGUCUCUCUGUGGCAAAGAAGCUGAAUGAGGCCCGUGCCAACAUCAUUAACAUCAACCUCUGUUUGAUGGCUGUAUCUGCAGAAUUCUCCGUGAAGCAGGCAGUCGUUUUGUCUGAACGGCGACAGAUCAAAGCGAAAGAGCUGCAGUUGUCAGAAGUCAGAAACAAGAUGCUAAAAAGUGGGAAUAGCACCCUUGAAUACAGGGAGUUAAAGGGCGAGGACCCGCCAGCUUCAGAACUCGUCAAGAAAAUGGAGCAGCUGGAGGUGAAUUUGGCAGAGCGUGAGAGUCGGCUGCUGAUUGAAGAACUCCUGGUGGAGCAGGUGACCCAGCUGUCAAAGCCACUGGGGGAGCAGGCGGAAAGCUGCAGGCUCGACAGUCUCUCUGUGGCAAAGAAGAUGCCCAAGUGCCAGUUGGAGACAGGGCAGGAAAUGCCACCAUGUCUUGACAUAGAGGAGGGGUGGAGGAGGAUACUCAGAGACAAAAAGAGGAGGCAGCGGGAAAAAGAAGAGAAGAAGGUUGCUAAGGAAAGUAAGUGGAGGCAGCUGCCAAAUGGAGUCUACACCACGGCUGAAGCCCGCCCCAACGCAUACAUCCCUGAGGACGACCCACUUGGUCUGCCCGUACCCUUCGGACGCUUCCCGCCCAUCAAACCCCGCCCACAGGGGGCCCAUAUGAGGCAUUAUCGGAAUCCGACAAUUAAACCCUUGGAGAUAUAGAAGUCAUCCCACACGUAUGCUGAAAAAAAAAAAAAAUGUAUUAUUUAUAUCUCUGUCUGUUUCCAGUUUCACCAGCUUUACCUGCAACUGGUUACAAUUGCCUUGUUUCCAUAUAUUUACAGGCGGUAUAAUCUCAACUUCUGUGUUGUAAGUGACUGUAUAUCAGAGAGGUCAGGGGAAACAUGAGUAUAUUGUUACAUAAUGUUCCCCAGUAUGGUUUCACAAUCACUACACUGCCUAGCAACACAUCAAAACAGCUCGGACCUCCUUUCCCUUGAAGAUGAGAUUAAUUUCUUAGAAUUUCCCCACACAUUCUUCAGCUUUGUUGUUGUUUUACCCUUCACGGUUGUAAUCAUUAAAUAAAUUACAAUGGGUUUAAGCUUCACACGAGGA